AUGCGGGCCCCGUCUGCGGGGGCCAACCACUCAGAGGUGACCGAGUUCAUCCUGGUGGGCUUCCCGGGCUCGCUGGGGCUCCACGCGUGCCUACUGGCGCUGUUCCUGCUGUCCUACCUGCUGACUGUCACCGAGAACCUGCUCAUCAUCGCCGUGGUCCGCACCAGCCCCACGCUGCAGAAGCCCAUGUACCUCUUUCUCAGCAACCUGUCCUUCCUGGAGGUGUGGUACGUCUCCGUCACAGUGCCCAAGAUGCUGGUCAGCCUGGUGGUGCCCGGGGCCCAACGCAUCUCCUUUGCGGGCUGCAUGGCUCAGCUGUACUUCUUCCUGGCGCUGGCCUGCACCGAGUGCGCCCUCCUGGGGGUCAUGGCCUAUGACCGUUACGUGGCCAUCUGCAGCCCCCUGCGCUACCCGGCCAUCAUGAGCCCCGGCCUCUGCAGCCUCCUGGCUGCCGGCUCCUGGCUCUCGGGCUUCACCAUCUCUGUGGGGAAGGUCUUCUUCAUCGCGCGGCUAGGCUACUGCGGCCCCAACGUCAUGAACCACUUCUUCUGCGACGUGUCGCCCCUGCUGAACCUGGCAUGCUCCGACGUGGCCCUGGCUGAGCUGGUGGACUUCCUCCUGGCGCUGCUCAUCCUGCUUGGGCCCCUGCUGCUCACCGUCUCCUCCUACACGGCCAUCAUCAGCACCGUGCUGCGUGUCCCCUCCGCCGCUGGCCGGCACAAGGCCUUCUCCACCUGCGCCGCGCACCUGGCCGUGGUGGUCAUCUUCUACUCCGCCUCGCUCUUCAUCUACGCCCGGCCUCGUGCCAUCUACUCCUUUGACCUCCACAAGCUGGUGUCCGUGGUCUACACAGUACUCACACCUCUGCUCAACCCCAUCAUCUACUGCUUGCGGAACCGGGAGGUCAAGGAGGCCCUGCACAAGGUGGUGCAGAGGGCAGCCCAGGCCCGGGGCGCCAUCUCCUAG